AUGAAUGGACAAGUUGUUGCUGGUGGCAACGGCGAAGGAAAUGGAUUACAUCAAUUGAAUAUUCCAACUGACGUAUUAAUCGACAAAGAGACGGAUAGUCUCAUUAUUUGUGAUCAAGGGAAUCAACGAGUAGUACGAUGGUCUCGUCGUAGUGGUACAACACAAGAUGAAAUACUCAUCGACAACAUCUGGUGUUGGGGAUUAGCAAUGGAUGAACAGAGAUAUCUCUACGUUUCUGACUACGGAAAACAUGCAGUAAGACGAUAUCAAUUGGAUGAGAAGAAGGGCACUCUCGUAGCUGGUGGUAAUGACAAAGGUUCGGGACUCAGUCAACUCAACGUGCCGACAUAUCUCUUUGUCGAUCGAGAUCAUUCAGUGUACGUAUCAGACAACUGGAAUGAUCGUGUGAUGAAAUGGGUGGAAGGUGCAAAAGAAAGAAUCUUCGUUGAUACGUUGGGUACACUCUAUGUAGCAGACACGCAGAAUGAUCGUGUAAUGCGUUGGGCUCAAGGAGACAAGAAACAAGACACUAGAAUUGUGGGUGGAAAUGGUCGAGGAGAAGGAGCAAAUCAGUUCAACGAUCCCAUUGGCUUGUCUUUCGAUCGACAAGUAUCAACAACGGCUUACAAUUUACGGAAUUUUGAUGCUGGUCCUGAAUUAACCGGUGACUUACUAACAGAAACAUCAGAACGAAUUGUUAAGAAGCUAACUCUGGAAGCAUCAAGUAAUCCUACCGAAGAUACAGUUCAACAAAUUGAAACAAUGCCCAACAACGUACAAGAUUCAGCGAUGAUGAUAUGUUACCGAGAAUGUUUAUCGAAUUUAGGAAAGUUCAAUGGCGGUGUAGAACAGAAAGUUUUACAAUUUAUCAAUAAUAUUGAACGUAUCAGGAAAAUGAUUACUGCAAACGAUGAUGUUUUACAUUGUAUGUGCACCGCAAAACUAGAUGGUGAAGCAAAACGCUGGUAUGAAGACAACAUGUCAUUAGCUCAAUGGGAAAAUUUAAAACCAGCAUUGUUAGAAAGAUUUACAACAUCGGAUUCAUCAUUGAAAAUUUUUGAACAAUUAAAGGAACGAAAACAAAAAUUAGAUGAAACGAUUUCAUCGUAUCAUGACGCUGUUAUUAAAUUAUGUCGUGAAUAUGAUUCAUCAAUGUCACAGAAAAUGAUGAUAUCAUGGUUACAAAACGGAAUUAAAGAUUCAUUAAAAACUCAAAUUAAACGACAAAUGAAGUUAUUACCUGAAUCAGCACGAACAACUCAGGCAUUUUUGAAAAUUGCAAAAGAUGAACAGGAAUUACAAGACGAUUCACCCGAACAAGAAACCACACAACCGUACAUGUCAUACAUUACGAAUACGGUAUCAACAACAUUACAGGACAAACGAAACACGUCCGAAAAGGUAUCAACAUCUACAUAUUCGCCACCGCGACACACAACAUAUGAAUACAAGAAACAAUAUACAUCAUCACCAAGAAUUUCAACUCCAUUAACAUCGAUUUCAUAUGACCGCAAUUUAACUUCGCGACCGCGACCAAUUUUACGUCGUCAAGAACCACAUAAUUUACCAACUAAUUAUUCACAACGAAAUCAAGAAUCUAAUGUGAAAUCUUAUUCAUCGACACAACAUGAUUCGCAACGUCGUCCAUGUUCGAUAUGUCAACGUAUUAGUCACCGGACAAUGGAUUGCUAUUAUAAAAAACCAUAUGGAUGUUAUAAAUGUGGACAGUCAGAUCACAAUAUACGUGAUUGUCCACAGGACUUUAUUUACAAAGCAAAAUCACACAAAUCAGCUAAUUGUUCAUCUAUUAAUAUUAUUGGUGAAAUUCAACUUGAAAUUAAAGUACAUGGAUUUAAAACGUUAAUUGUAGCCGAUGUCUCAACGAAUCUCAUUACUGACCUAUUACUUGGAAACGACUGGAUUACUCAAAAUAAUGUUAUUAUUGAUUCACCACAACAGCAUAUUUUUCUAAUUGACAAGAAUCGUCGUAUUCUAACAACAACACCAUUCAUCAAACCUUCACAUCUUCAAUUACCUGUACUAUUAACAGAUGAGAUUACUAUACCGCCAUAUUCCGAAAAAUGUAUUAAUAUCAACAUAUUAUCACCAAUGAUUAACAUACCCGAAGCUUUAUUUGAACCAGCAACAUAUUUAUAUCCAAAACAAAUAUUACUCACGAAUGCAUUAAUUAAAUUAGAAGACAAUAGAAGUUACGUUAUGAUUAUCAAUGCAAAUGAUCGUCAAAAGACAUUAUCGAAGAAUACUCACUUGGGAUAUAUUUCAUAUCAAUCUGAACAAAAUAAUUAUCCUAUUUUACCGGUGAUAUCACAAAAACGAAAAGGUCCACCAUUGCAUUCAAAAUCAACCAUUUAUAAGAGGAGCAAAACCGUCGGGAGACGUUCCUGGACUCCAUCAACAUAUGAAAAAAGGAAGGUCCUAUCUACGGACUUAACCUGUCGAAUGAUCAACAACAGCAAUGAACAACAACAUCAAUGUUAUGUCUGUCAAGAACGAUUUUUAUCACGAAAUGACUUACAACAUCACUUACGUCAGAAAUUUUAUCCAUCAGACAUGCGGGAACAGGUUGAACAGUUAACUCAACAUAUCAGAGAUGACAAGCGACGACAAAAACUAAAACAAAUUCUAUGGAAACACGGAAAAUUAUUUGAUGUCCGCCGACCGUCCAUCAUCAAAGCAACAGUUCAUCAUGCUAUCGAAACUGGCACUCAUCCACCAACUUAUACUUCGCCAUAUCGUGUUUCAUACAAGGACGAACAAAUACAAAGAGACGAAAUUGAUAAAUUACUCAAACAAGGAAUAAUCGAAGAAUCUAUCUCGCCAUGUUCAUCUCCAAUAGUAUUGGUAAGAAAAAAAGAUGGUUCUGUUCGAUUCUGUAUUGAUUUUAGGAAAUUGAAUAAUGUUACUACAAGGGAUGCAUUCCCUAUGCCUCGAAUUGAUGAUAUUUUUGAUCAUUUAUCACAAGCGGAAUAUUAUACCACCAUCGAUUUUAAAUCCGGAUAUUUCCAAGUUGGACUUGACCCGAAGGAUCGUUCAAAGACAGCAUUCUCCACCAGAGAUCAACAUUAUCAAUUUACAGUGUUACCUCAAGGUGUUACAAAUAGUCCGCCAGCAUUUCAACGCAUUGUUAGUCAAAUACUUGGACCUACAAGAUGGCAAUAUUCAUUAGCUUAUCUCGAUGAUAUUAUAAUAUAUUCGCCAACAUUUGAUCAACACUUACAACGCCUUGAUGAUAUUCUCAAUCGAUUAAAUGAUGCAAACUUUCGUCUCAAUAUUAAUAAAUGUCAAAUAGCACAGACGGCGAUUGAUUACCUUGGUCAUCAUAUUGAACACAGCAAUAUAAGACCGAGUGCAGACAACAUCCGUGCAUUAGUAGAAACUCAACAGCCAACAACAGCAAAAGAAGCUUUUCGAUUCGUCAAAGCUGCUGAAUAUUAUCGCAAAUUUAUACCGGGAUUUUCUACAAUUGCACAACCUUUACAUCAAUAUGCACCGACAACUAAAGAACAACGAUCAAAAAAAUCACAAGCUACACCUAUUACUUUAUCCAAUGAUGCACUUGAUGCAUUUAAUAAAUUAAAGAAAAUAUUAACCAAUGAUUUAAUAUUACGUAUUCCAGAUCAAAAUUUAUCAUUCAAGAUACAAACCGAUGCGCCAAAAAUUGGAAUUGGCGCUAUACUGAUGCAAACUCAUCCGCAUGGUGAUCUACCAGUCGCUUACUUAUCAAAGAAAUUUACACAAACGCAAAUGAAUUGGCCUGCAACAGAACAAGAAUGUUAUGCUAUUAUAUAUGCAAUUGAAAAGUGGCACAAGUACUUAGAUGGACGUUCAUUCAUCAUUGAAACAGAUCAUAAACCAUUAUUACCAUUCAACUUAAAACAACAAUUAAAUUCGAAAUGUGAACGAUGGCGGUUGAAAUUACAACAAUAUCAAUUUACAGUUCGGUAUAUUAAAGGAAAACAUAAUACAGUAGCUGAUUAUUUAUCCCGAUCACCAGUCGACAGUGGAAUGAAUGAUGAAGAUGAUUAUACACCAACAAAAUCCAUAGCAACACAAACUGAUAAUUAUAUGAGGACCCAAAUUAUUGCACCUGUUAUAACUCGUAAACAAGCAAAACAACAACUCAAUGAAAGGACUGAUUGUCGUUUGACAGAUCAGGCCUGUGAUAAACAAGAACAGAAAAGGAAUGUCGACAUACCAGUCGAUAAGUCCUGCGUUAUACAACCCAAUGAAUUACAUACACCAGCUAUCUCCAAUGACUCAAAUAAAAUGUUUCCAUUUACAAUAGAACAAUUAAAAGAAUUACAACAUCAAGAUGAAGAAAUUAAGAACAUAAUUGACAACAUACAAAAUUAUACAGAAUAUUUUAUUGAAGAUAAUAUGUUAAUGAAGAAAUCAUUUCCACCAGUUCCAGUUAUACCUAAAGGACGAAUACGUUCCGAUAUAAUCAAAAUUUAUCAUGAUACACCUGCAAAUGGUGCGCAUUUCGGUCGAAAUAAAACCAUUCAAAAAAUUCAACAACGAUAUUUUUGGCCAAACAUGAUUUCGGAUAUUCGCCAUUAUGUGAAAUCAUGUCUACCAUGUUUACAAAAUAAUCCUAUACGACAAAAACCACCAGGUGCUCUCAAACCAAUAAAACCACCUGAAGGUAUAUGGCAAUUACUUACAAUGGAUUUUCAUGGACCAAUCACACCAACAACAAAACAUGGAAAUAAAUACAUUAUCUCAUUAACGGAUGUAUUAUCCAAAUUCGUAAUUGCAAAGGCAGUACGUGAUUGCACUGCAUCGACUGCAGCACGAUUUCUCACUGAAGAGGUGAUCCUUAAAUAUGGUACUCCAAAAUGCAUACUCACAGACAAUGGUACACAUUUUACGGCUGCAAUGAUGACUGAAUUAUUCAAGAAAAUAGGAAUUACACAUUUAUAUUCAACACCUUACCAUCCGAUGACUAAUGGACAAAUUGAAAGAUUUAAUGCAACAAUGGAUGCAAAAAUAGCAACAUUAUCAAAUGACAAACGUACAGAUUGGGAUGAACAAUUACCAUUCGUUACGUUCAAUUACAACACCAGUAUACAUACAACAACCGGACAAAUUCCAUUUGAAUUAAUAUAUGGCCGUUCGCCAAUUCUCCCUUUUGAUCAACAACAACCAUUAGUCACACUUUCACACGAUUCUGAACAUAAGUCAAAAUUAAAUCAAUAUCUCUCGACAUUAACCGAGCAAGCAAAAAUCAAAAUAUUGAAGCAGCAACGACAAUAUAAAGAACGUUAUGAUCAACAUCGUACAAAUCCAAAUCACAAGGUUGGUGACCUUGUUCUAAUUAAAAUAUUAACAAUGCGCAACAAGUUCGAUGCACGAUUCGAGGGUCCAUUCCGUAUAAUUAAAAAAAUUAGCACAAAAACAUUUAUCGUACAACACGUGAAGAUACCGACACUGAUAAAACAAGUAACUAGCGACGUCAUGUUAUCGAUAACACAGCGCCGAUGUAUUUAA